AUGCGGGUGACUCUGCAUUGCUCUGUUUAUUCUCAUGCAGGACAUCGUGAAGUUCGCCUCUCUGGAGGUCCCAACAACUGUUCGGGUCGUCUGGAAGUUUAUAUGGACGGAGUUUGGGCGACGGUGUGUGACGGGUCCUGGUUCGAUGACGAUUCCGCCAAAGUGUGUAAAGCUCUUGGCUGCGGAUCGUUUGUGAAAAACGCCAAAUAUGAACACACACUGAGUACGAGCGUGACCUUUCUGUGUUCUCAUUCCUACUCGUUAUGGGAAUGCAAGAUCUUAACCAAGAACCCCAACACCUGCCGCCAAGCCAAGGCCGUGGGCAUCGUCUGCAAUAGGUCAGGUGACUUCUAUGAUGAGAUGACCACAGUGACGUCAUCCAGCACACAUUCCGACCCGACUUCUCUCCAGACAGGGUCACCUCCUGUCCGCAGUGAUUCCACUCAUUCCUACUUCGUUAUCGUCUGUUCUCUCCUCCUCGUCCUUCUCCUCAUGUCUGUCCUUUUCUUCACAACCAUCAUCUGGAGACUCCGAUUAAAGAAGAAAUCCACACAGCAGAAUCCAUCGCUGAUCAGACACAAUGAAUACAGGGAUUUCAGAGCCUCUACGCUGAGACCAACCCAGCCCCCAGAUGAUUCUCUACAGAUCCCAAUACUUUAUACCGGUCAUAUCCCGCCAAGCCCACGUACCCGCAGCAUGGAGCCAGUACCAGCCACCAUCCCACGUGUGCCCCCCACAGCAGCCAUGGACGACGAGGAAGAUUACGGGUUCAGCAGCGCCCCACCAAAGCCACUCGCCACCUUUCAGGACUCUUUUCGGGAAGACGUGUUCUCAGCUCCUUCUCCUCCUCCGAUGACUGAAUACCCCAACCCAGAGGUGGAAUACCCCAACCCAGAGGUGGAAUACCCCAACCCAGAGGUGGAAUACCCCAACCCUGAGAUGGAAUACCCCAACCUUGAGAUGGAAUACCCCAACCCUGAGAUGGCAUCAGCUGGAUCUCGGGGUUCUUCUAGUACCUCCUCCGGGGAGCACAACUGGUAUGAGAAUUACAGAUACCCAGGUGAAGGUGCCCAGGAUUUGAUGCCUCCUCCGCAGAGUUAUGACGGAUCUUCUGAAUACGAUGACGUCAACUCCCUCGCUUCCGGUAAAAACGGGAUGAGAAUGAGCAAAUAG